UCGCACCACAACAACAACACAGUCACAGGUUGCCACGACUACGCCAAAAGCAAUGUGUGGUACCUGCAGAGCGGGGGAGACCUGCGUGAGCAAUGAUGGGGUCACUUGGCGGUGUGAGAGGCCAGAUCAGCCUGUUUUGCUGCACCCAGCGGUAGUGUGUGGGCGGAGCCUGGUACAGGUGGGUCUCAACAGGACUAACCUGGAGGCCGCUGGUCUGGAUGCCACCACCGCUAACCUGGCCGACCCCCGGUGUAACGCUCACGAAGAGCGUGGCGGCAUGGUAUGGUACCAGGUGGAGCGCACGGAGGGCGCCUGCGGAAACACUCUGGAGACAAACGGAUCUGAUGCCAUCUUUUCCAACAGUUUAUUCAUCUACCACAUUCACAACGUGUCCUUCAGCCGACCCGUGAGCGUGCCCUUCUCCUGUGCCUACCCUCUGGAAUCAGAGACCAGCCUGGAUGUGGCCAUCAAACCCUACCUGUCGCUGAAGGAUGUCCAAGUCGGUAAGGGCUCCAAAGUGGGCUCCAAAAUGACUCUGUACCACAGCGACAACUUCACAAAGGCUUACCCAGCGGGCCGAGUCACCUUGCCGGUGGGUUCCGUGCUGCACGUGGGUGUGUCCGUAGAGUCUGAGACGGAGCGUUUCGUGGUCGUUCUGGAGGACUGCUAUGCCACACAAUCCCCCGACCCUAAAGACAUCAUGCGAUACUACAUCAUUCAGAACAAAUGUCCGACUGAAUUCCGUCAGGUGAGGGUGGAGGAGAGCGGCUCGUCUCUCAGGGCUCGCUUCUCUGCUCUGCUGUUCCUGUACCAGGGGGACUACCGGGAUGUCUUCCUGCACUGCAGACUCAGCCUUUGUGACCAGAGGAGCUCCUCCUGCACUCCAGUGUGCGCCAAAAGGAAAUACCGCUCUGUCACCCCCUCUGUCCCCCUCGAACCCCUCACCAUCGGACCAAUCACCUGGUCCCAAAAUGAAGUUUGA